AUGCGGGGUCCUUUAGGCGCAGUCAUUGGAAGAUACCCAUCAAGUGAUGGAAACCCAAGUGGUGGAGUCAUUAGGCACAACAGAAAAUGCCGCGACGUCGCCGCUCUCGUGAUCUUCAUUGCUUUCUGGAUUGCUAUGAUUGUGAACUCUAGCUUCGGUUUCAAUAGAGGGAACCCCUUAAGGCUCACAUAUGGGCUGGACUACAAAGGAAAUGUAUGUGGAGACAAGCAUGCGGACCCUGGUCUUCGUCAAUUGGAGCUCAAAUAUUGGUUAAAUCCUAACCAAGUUUAUCAGAGCGGAUUGAAGGAUAGCCAAUUCAAACUGGCUGAUGCUCGCACUAUAUGCCUGUUGGAUUGCCCUGUGCCUUCUGAAGACUCACUUAACUGGGUGUGUGAUUAUCCUGAAGGAGAAAUCCGUCUUUCAACGCAGGACUGGAUUGAUGGGAACUAUGAUUAUUUUGAAUUUCUUACUCCACAAAUGAGAAACAGCUCUCUCCAACUUCAGGGUCCCUGUUAUCCUGUCAUAUUUCCAAGUGUAAAUGUUUACUGGAGUUGCCAAUUUAUUGCUCGAGCAUCAAAUGUGUCUUUAAAGCACUGGCAGCAGAUGGGUGGAGUUAACAUCAAUGAGGACAUUGUUAUAGAUAAAUCUGUUCACAACUCAAUCAAUUCUCAUUCAGUUGUCUUGAAGAGAUACAUGGCUGACAUAGGAAAGUCAUGGCCUGUGCUGAUAGUUUGUGGAGGGAUUUUGCCUCUGUUUUUGUCAGUUAUUUGGCUGCUGAUGAUUCGACAUUUUGUUGUUGCAAUGCCUUGGAUAACAGUGAUGCUCUUUAAUAUUCUCAUAAUAUCAGUCACAAUGUACUACUACCUAAAAGCUGGAUGGAUAGGAAAUGAUGCUAUUUCUCCCAUCAUUGGUGAGCAUGACCCGUACAUUCAUGUGUUUGGAAGGGAGCUUUAUCAUCUGCGUGGUGUUGCUGUCCUCAUGACCUUUAUUAUGGCUGUUGCCAUUCUUACAUCAAUUGCUAUUGUUCGACGAAUCCUUAUGGCAACAUCUGUCCUUAAGGUUGCUGCCAAAGUGAUAGGGGAAGUCCAAGCACUCAUUAUUUUUCCACUCUUGCCAUGUGGUAUCCUUGCAGUAUUCUACAUGUUGUGGAUAUCGGCUGCUCUCCAUUUGUUCAGUUCUGGUGAGGUUGUUCAAAAUAAAUGCGACUCUAACUGCUGUGCAUAUGAUCUCUGCAAACGAGUGAACUGCGACAAUUGUUGUGGAUAUAGCAUUCGAUACACACCACAUAUUGGAGUUGCCAUCCUUUUUCACCUAUUUGGUUGUUAUUGGGCUACUCAAUUUUUCAUAGCAUGCUCAUCAACAGUGAUUGCUGGAUCUGUUGCUUCCUAUUACUGGGGUCGUGGGGAAACAUCUCCUGAAAUUCCUUUCCUUUCAGUCUUUUCCUCCACAAAGAGGCUUAUGCGUUACAGCCUGGGUUCUGUGGCUCUUGGCUCUCUAAUUGUAUCAUUUGUUGAAUCAAUCCGCUUUCUGCUUGAAUCUAUUCGCCGGAAGCUAAAAAUCUCUAGUCACACACCUGAUAGCUGCAUAGGCAAGGCUGCAUCCCGAACUUCUCAAUUUUUUCUCAGCUGUAUUGAGUGGAUCAUAAAAUCAGUGAACCGGAAUGCUUAUAUCAUGAUUGCUAUAACUGGUAAAAGUUUCUUUCACGCUUCAGCGAUUGCCACAGAAUUGAUCAUGAAUAACAUCCUUCGAAUUGGGCGUGUGAAUGUGAUUGGAGAUGUCAUUUUGUUCCUUGGAAAGCUAUGUGUCAGCCUUGCAAGUGCUGUGUUUGCUUUCCUCAUGCUGGACGCACACAAAUACAGAUCUUCUCAUAACAAGAUAUCAUCUCCCCUUUUGCCUGUCAUGGUCUGCUGGGCUCUGGGGUAUAUCGUUGCGACUCUUUUCUUUGCUGUCGUAGAGAUGUCAAUCGAUACCAUCAUUCUGUCAUUCUGCCAAGAUGCUGAAGAACAUGAAGGGACAGCCCAGUAUGCUCCUCCUCUUCUCAUUGAAACUCUCAAUGACCAAAAUGAGAUGCAGAGGCUUACACAAGGACCUCAAUAAAGAUAGAUCCUUGUGUAACUUUCAACAGUUUCAAUAUUUGGAUGUUCAUAAAUGGCCUACUUUUGCCACCUGAGCUGUUCAUGUUCUUCCCUUGUAUAUAUAUGUUUAAUGUUUACAAUGCUGGACCAAGGCUUCCUGUGUUGGGGAAUGGGAAUGCCUUUUUAACUAGUCUUUUUUAUCUUAUUAAACGGAUGGUUUAUGUAGGAUGUAUCAUGUUUAUUUUACUUGGAGCACAGUAAAACCCAUUCAUUAGGGAUUACUCAAUAGUCAUUAUCCUUAUCUGGAGAAUGUAACUUGGAAUUUUUUGGUUGAAGAGAAUGUAUCUUGUCCUUCCUGCA